AGAGAAUUCCUGUAGAAAAGUAUGUAGUCUUAAAAUUGUAUUAUUGAAAAUAAGAAACAUUUUGGUACAACUUAACAUAAAUUGUUAUUUGUGACUCCUUGUUUGUGGGUUUCAGUAAUCAAAUUACACAAAAUCAGAAGAUAUUAUUUGCAGGCCAGUUAAGCAUCAUCUGAGAUGAUCAAACGGCAUAAACCAAGGAGUAAUUUUCAGUUUGCUGUUGUAUUGCUGUCCUUUCAAUCCUUCUGUAACAGGAUGGAUCUAUAACGCCUAAAGUUCCUAAGACAGGAAAAAGUUGUAAUUUGUCUUUUAUUUGUGGUAGAAGUUAUCUUCAGUUUUUAGCUUUGGCUUAGUUUUAACUCAUUCCUGUGGGUGAGUCUUCUGCUGAGUUGUCUCUGGCUCCUGCAGCCACACAGUGCGGUCUCUGGGAAUAAGGCAGCAGGAGCCACAGAGCAGUCCCACUCGCCACCACAAAAUCCACUUGCUGAAUGAGUGCAUGUAAUCCUUCAGGGUUCCUUGCCAUAUGAUGUGUAGCGUGUGUCGAAAUCUCUUCAUAAAUGAUCCUGUAGAAAGGAUGCUGUGGCAGCUGUUGUAUCCCAGGGUAGAAAUGAGUUUGCAGCAUCAGAAGCGUUGACAAAGCAGCCCAGCUUCUGGUCUCUUAAUAUUCACCGGGCACCAGCUACAUGCUUCUAUAAGGAUGGGGUGCAGGUGCCUGCAUUUGUCUGAUGCAGCGUUUCUGGAGGAGGAAGCCCUGAGGGGGGUUGCAGUUCAUGUAUGAGGGGUGCUGGAGUGGGACACACUUGGGAAGUAGGAAGGCAGAUGGAGGACUCAGCUAACAGAGAAACAGGUGUAGCCUUGGGUUUGGGUGCUGGUAGACCUCAUGGGGUAGCUUGGAGAUGAGGAGGACACGUUUUAAUGCCUUUUGAAAAUAUUAUGUUGUGUUUGGUGAAUGUUGUUGUAGCAUUUAUCACAUUUCCUUUUGAGGGGACAAUUGAGUUCCAAGCUGACUAAUCCCUGAACUUUUAAAACCACAAGAUGGUGUGUGAUACUAGUGAGUCACUGGUUGUGAAUCGUACAUACUUCAGUACAAAUAAAUGAAUCCCUUUGUUUCAUUUAUUUUUGUUUUGGUAGUAUCUGCAAGGCCCAGAGAAAGAUCAUGACCUGUAGAACUAGGUGUGGUAUAAGCACACACUAAAAGACAGACCCUGAGCCUUCAUAUGCUCUUUUCUAUUUGUCUAGCUAAGCUUGAUUUCAACAUGUUUUACCAACGUGAAUAUAAAUAAGUGUGUCUAAAACUCUUUCAGAUGGAAGUCUAAUAGUAAACAUUUCUGCCUUGUGGAAUUUGGCAGUGUAAAUAGUCUAGGAAGGAAGAGGUGGGGGCUCUAGGUGAUGAGCUGUGCCUCCCAGGAAGAGAGAAACCAUGGGGGUGUUGGCUUGCUGGCAGAUGUACAUCUCCAUGGCUAGUCCUGGAAACUGAAGGCCCCUUGAAUUCCAGCCCAAUAUCUUAGUUGCAGAAAUUGUAUUAACUGCAUUUACUGCGUUCUUACAUUGAUUACAGUGCUGCAGUAGUAAAGGUGAAGUUUUAAUUGACUUUUCAAUGGAAAACUGCACGUAGAGGGAGCAGUAGAUGGUGUUACAUGUGUGUAACUCCGCUCUCUCCCACUCCCUUGCAUAGUGGUUUUUGUUCCUGGGGGAGGUGUGUGCCAAAGAAUCCGCUUUCGGCUCAAAGAGAUUUUCUUCUGAAUUAGCACUUCUCUGCAGUUGGUUUCUGUGAAACCUGGCCAUGAAAAUUCACUAGGUUGCAAUUGUAAAACUGAUUUGUGGAUUGAAUGGCAGCAAGACUAUACAGCAACACUGGAACUGCUUAUGAGAGCUGACUACCCUUGACUUUAUCCGUUAUUAUUUGCCCAUGAAGGUAUGUUAGCUUGCCUAAUAGUUGUGUAUUAAUCAGGCCGAGGCCCUGGGAGGCUGAGCUUCAUCACUUGCUCAGAGACAGGAUAGAUCUGUUGUUUGUUGUAUGCAGUGCAGUGUUCUGUCCACACCGACUGGGCCAUAGGCUUUUGGCUCUAGAGCAUGGAUGCACAAAGGCCAGCGUGCUCCAGUUCAUGUCUGCCCCCACCUUCACUGGUGGGACGUGAACGUGGGGUACAAGGCGCCGUGGGAAGGGGAUAUCUCCGAACAGCCCUUGUAACGGGGCGUGCCCAGGGUGAGAGGGCCCGCUGCCCCCAGAGAGCCUCAGCCCACGCUUCGGAGAGGGGCAGCGGUGGGCGCCGGGCUCCUCCUCACUCCAAACUCACUUUGUUGUGCAUUCCCACCUUGCCAGACCUGGCUGUCUUUCUCAAACAAGACGGGUAAGGAUGGAACGCAGCAUGUCAGAGGAUUGACCAAAGCAACUUGAGCCCCUGAGAACAAGGCAGACAUCAGUAAAGGGAGGGAGUUGAGUGGAGGGUUACCAGGGUGGUCAGGGGGCUGGUGGGAAGCUGGGACUGUGUUUCACAGGAGGUGGCUCUGGCGUCACCUAGUAGCAGCCUGCCUAUACCUACAAGGAGGUUAUCAAAAAGACAGACCCAGGCUCUUUAGCAUGGUGAGGGCAGAUUAGAGACAACAGGCAUAGGCUGAGAGGGGUUCAGAAUAUAUGGAAAAAUAGAUGGGGAAAAAAAAUCUGUUCCCCGUGAGGGCAGUCUCUGUGCAGAGAGCUGUGUGUCUCUGUCUGUGGAGGUUUUCAGAAGGUGGUCGGAUAAAGCUCUGCACAGCCUGGUCUGGCCUCAAGCUGACCCUGAGCUGGGUGCUGGGCAUCCUCCCGAGGCCACCGCCAGCCCCAGCCGUGGCCUGAUUUGACAGAAAGGACCCGGCAGGUCCCAGGCAGAAGGUGACCCCUAGGUGUCAUGAACCGCAGUGCAGCGUAUCAGCGCUGUGCUACGAGCCUGAGCUUUGGGGAAGCCCUGCUGUCAAGGGUCUAAUGGCAGCACCCUAUCCAUAUCCCCCCAGCUAGAGCGAAGGCGCAGCGGUGGCUGCGUGGAGUACAGAGGGGACAUCGUGGAGUACAGAGGGGACAUCGCGACGCUGGUGACGGCACGUGGCUCCCUCCCUCGGGGUGCGGCAAACCGUGACAGAGCACGUGAGGGACUUCUCGGCAUCCUUCUCUUCUGCAGUCAAUAAGUGAUCCAUAGGAACCCUCCUACUUGGAAACAGAGCACACAAGCGUGUGCAUGUUGAUUCUGCUUUAGGAUAAUGGCAGGAAAAGUAAAGUGGGUAACUGACAUAGAAAAAUCUGUUCUAAUAAACAACUUUGAAAAAAGAGGCUGGAUUCAGGUGGCAGAAAAUGAAGACUGGAAUUUUUAUUGGAUGAGUGUACAAACAAUCAGAAAUGUUUUCAGUGUGGAAACUGGUUACCGCCUCUCAGAUGACCAAAUUGUCAAUCAUUUCCCAAACCACUAUGAACUGACCAGAAAAGAUUUGAUGGUAAAGAAUAUCAAGCGAUAUAGGAAAGAACUUGAGAAAGAAGGAAGUCCUCUUGCAGAGAAGGAUGAAAAUGGGAAAUAUAUUUAUUUGGAUUUUGUUCCUGUUACUUUUAUGCUUCCUGCCGAUUAUAAUCUCUUUGUUGAAGAAUUCAGAAAAAACCCCUCUAGUACUUGGAUUAUGAAACCUUGUGGCAAGGCUCAAGGAAAAGGAAUAUUUCUAAUCAAUAAACUCUCCCAAAUUAAAAAAUGGUCUCGAGAUAGCAAAACAUCUUCGUUUAUAGCUCAGUCUUCCAAAGAAGCCUAUGUGAUUUCUCUCUAUAUCAACAAUCCAUUACUUAUUGGUGGAAAGAAAUUUGAUCUUCGUCUGUAUGUUUUAGUAUCUACGUAUCGUCCACUGAGAUGUUACAUGUAUAAACUUGGAUUUUGCCGGUUUUGCACAGUAAAAUACACACCAAGUACCAGUGAACUGGAUAACAUGUUUGUACAUCUUACAAAUGUUGCCAUUCAGAAACACGGGGACGAUUACAAUCACAUCCAUGGAGGCAAGUGGACAGUGAGUAACUUACGCCUGUAUCUGGAGAGCACCCGUGGAAAGGAAGUCACGAGCAAAUUAUUUGAUGAGAUUCACUGGAUAAUCGUGCAGUCACUGAAGGCUGUGGCGCCUGUAAUGAAUAAUGAUAAACACUGCUUUGAGUGUUAUGGAUAUGACAUUAUCAUUGAUGACAAGCUUAAACCGUGGCUAAUUGAGGUUAAUGCUUCCCCUUCUCUUACCUCCAGUACUGCAAAUGAUCGCAUCUUGAAGUAUAAUCUUAUUAAUGACACACUUAACAUUGCUGUGCCUAAUGGGGAAAUCCCAGACUGUAAAUGGAAUAAAUCUCCACCAAAAGAGGUUCUUGGCAAUUAUGAAGUCUUGUAUGAUGAAGAGAUGGCGCAGAGUGACGGGCCUGAUCGUGACUUGCGAAGUCGUCCCGGGCAAUCCACUGGAGUGAAAGGAAAUCGUGCCAGAGAUUCAGGAAAGCCUGUGCUGACCACCUGGAAGUGACAGCAGAAAAAACAGCUGCACUCCUGGUAGGAAGACAUCAUGGACAAACAUGCAGAUUUUGAACAGAUUCCUCUAUUUUGCUACCCUGGAUGUGGGAAAUAUUAAAAGAGGACAAUACAGCCUUUGAAGAGAAGUGAAACAAACGCUCUAAAACUAGGGGCUGUACUAGACAUACACUGAAUUGAUGAUUGUUACAGUAAUAAAUAUAUAUAUAUAUAUAGAGAGAGAGAGAGUAUGUAUGUAUAUAUACUUUUUUUAUAUAUAUGUAUACUUUGUAUAAACUAAUAUUCUCUCAGUAAUGGUUAAGAACUUUCUUUCUAAGGAUGACAACUCAAGUUAUGCAUUCUGAAAGAAACCCCUUGCUGUUCUGUCUAGAAUUGGCUUCCUACAGCAACCUAUCCCUGGCUUCCCUGUAAGAGGUGAGCAGUGGAGCCCAUACAGGGCUGGUCCUGGUCAGUCUUAGUAUUGUCACAACGAUGGUUCAGGUUCUUGCUCGUAGAAGAGCAACUAGAGAAAACAGCAAUACAGGGACUUGAGCCUAUUGUCAGCUCGUGAUUUAUAAAAGUAUUAAGAAAUUUAAAAGCAACUCCAUAUGCUGAGGUUGCUGGGGGUUUUAUUUCCUUUCAGUGUUUUGAGCCGCUCGCACUUUAAAGGGAGAAGGUUUCAUGGACCGAGGGAGCGUUUCAAAUGGCAUUUCGAUGCAUUAUUUCACUAGCCAUUCAUUUUUAUUUCAGGAUAAUAUAUGUCUGUAGAAAACCAGGCAGAACAACUACAUACUGUAAUAAAUCUCAUUGCUUGAAGCUGAUGAUAAAUCCUUAUUUCCACCAGAAUAUCUCCAUGGAUUUAUGCAUGUAUAGAAGUACAGUAUCUGUAUAUUUUUAUAUGUUUUGUGUGGACUAUAACAAAAAUAUUGCACGUGGUAAGCUAUUUCUGGUGGCUUUGAUAACAAAGGUUGUGAUGAUUAGCUACCAAAACGUAUAGAGCAAAAGUUAAAAAAUUUCAGUCUUCUAACAGCAGAGCAUAUAAACAAACCAGUUGGGUCUGUGCUUGGCUGUUGCUUCCACCUGCAUUUCCACCAGUUCUCAGGCAGUUAUUUAUCAGUGCCAACGUGCAGUUCUGGUUGUCUUUAUUCUGCUUCCCCCACCUCCCUUUCUUAAUUUUUUUUGGAUGGUGGAGUACUGUGGAGAGAAGGAUGGAGGAGGCUCGAGCGCAGAUGCUCAGUAGCCCCGCUGCCCUCUGGCCCGGACCCUGCCUCUGCUCGCCGCCGCAGGCUGUGUGCUUGCCCUCCUACGUGGCCGGCCACCGAGGUGUGUGCGAAGUGAACCUGACCUCUCCCAAAAAUGCCGAGUUUCCUGAACGUGUAGAACAGACCACCUGCCCCACAGGAAACGUCAGUCCUCUUCCUGCUUUUGGAGGCCCUUGUGGGCCGUGGGACAGCUGGCGCCCAUGACACUGAGCCAGAACACAGAGCAGCUUGGGCUGAGGGGGCAGACGUGGGGCGGGCUGGCCAGUAUCCUUACACAGGAUCUGGGACUCCUCCUUGCAAUGUGGAAUGAAACGUGUAGAGUGAACGACACACUCCAUGUGUGAUCCUCAUCUUGAUUCAACUUGUAUAUUCCAUUAAAGACCAAAAUCCAACAGACUCUGUGGUCAUCAGACUUGAAUCUUCCAGUGGCCUCUAUAAAAGCACAUUCAAGCUGGCUCUUGAAACAAGGCUCAGAAAUAUGGUCACUGCAGGGUGAUAAAGCUCAUCUGAACUCCAGGUCUCCUAGUUUUUGGGGCUGGGGUUUAGCGUUUGGGUGUUUUAGUUCCUCAGUGUGAAAGUUUCCUUUUGUUUUUUUAGUUCCCAAUCUGAAUCUUGCUUGUAUCUUUGUGCCUUGACAGGUAAGCUACUCCGAAGUAGACGGGUGGUUAGAUAUUAAGUGUUGUUUUAAUGAUGUGAUAUUUAGUGGGCAGAUGUUUCCUGCCUUACCCUCAACUGCCCAUUGGGGGUAAAGCAGGAAGUAGUGACAGUCCCAAGACUGUAGUAAAUAGUAUUUUGUAGUGUGGUUCUACUUCUUACAGGUGGGCAGCACAACAAGGGUACUCUGAAGGAAAGAAGAUGAAGCUUUCUCCCACUUUCAUUACAAUGCUUGUAAUUAAUUUCUUUAGUAGCUUGGACAAAGGAUGCUGUCGUAGUCUUGUCACAACAGUAGCACUUGCAAGGAUGGCUGCAGUAGAAUGAUUACUCCUUCCUUUUGUCUGCUUUUCUGUCUGUGCAGCCUACACUGCUGGGACUGUAUAGGGAAGAGGUAUUACUGAGAAAUGCAGAUUCUGGUGAAAAAGUCAUCUUGACACUGCUUUACAUUUUGGGUAUGUAGAAGUCACGAGACACUGAGGUGCAGUGACUGUCAGUCUGCCGUUUGGGAAGGCUUAAUGUGAAAGCAAAACCAGGGCUGGGUUAUUGGGAGUUAUGGCUGUGGGUGGCUUUGGAGACUUAGCCCAGGGGAUACUUCUUAGCUGUAAGUUCACAAUGAACAAAACCUGAUGGGAGCAUCUAAACACGCUUGUUCUUCCAACCUUGUUUGUAGGUGGCACUCUGGGUUGGUGACGGUGUCUUUACAGCAAGUUGGAGCGGGGCCUCCCAAACCGGCAGCGACAAGACAGAACAGCAAUGGCACUGCCUGUGAUAUUACUAAUACUGAAUAUCCCGAUUUAAUUGUCAAGGGCUUUUCUAGUGGCUUGGAACUUUGAGCUUGUACUCUUGCUGCUCAGUAUAAUAAUGCCUCUCUUCCAGUCCUGGCUUCGGAAGCAUCGUCAUCAUGUUAAAUCAGUGG